GGUGAUUUUAGGUUAGCUACCAGUCAGACUGUACUGUAGAGGGCUAUGUGCGCUCUAUUUUCAAUAUGCAGCUCCGAAAAAUCGGAGAUAAAUCACGAAACACACCUAUAAUUCCUCACAACAUGAGUGCAAUCAGUGGAGUGUGAUAAAGUGGCCAGUGGCAGUCGUGAUAACUGCAUUUAUUCGCCACAAUAAAUUCCAGUGUCUUCACCAGUUCGUACAGAAGAAUUCUCCCCAUUCGAGGGAAUAUUCGUGUAAAUAAAAUAAAAAUAAACAAUGUGUUUGUAACAGGGUAUCGGAGAUGAAUUGUGAAAGUUCAAUGAUUGAAAAUCAGCUCAGUUGAUCCAGGGUGAAUGAUCAUUGAGGAAUAAUUAUAUUGAUAAUGCACUCUUGUGAAUUUAUUUGGGCCAACGAUGCAUUCGAAUAUAAACAUGGCCGACUGUGUGUUGUUCAGGGAUUGUUUGUAUGUGACAUUAAUUCGUGAAUAUCAUCUGGAGAUAAUAAACUUGGAUACGAGAAAAUAUGUGCACUAGGGACCCAGGGAGAUAAUGAUUCUCCAAUUGCACUGACCCCUUAAUCUGCUAAGUCGACCAUGACCUACUUAUCGUACCAGAACCACUGCAGCAUAGACAGGAUUUAAGGAAUAUGCUGGUGUCUGGGUGAGAGAUGAACGUAUUCCGAUUGUUGAUACCGUGUGCAUUGGCCCGUGGCGACGAGAGUGGUGAAACACUGGAGAACGGUUGCUGGGCAGCAUCGGUCACGAGGAGGAUUGAUAAUGAUUCACGUAUGACACAGAGAAUGGGAGCAUCUGCCUCAUCGAACCUUGCUGCUAUCGGUGGCGAUCCCAUUCAAGCAGCAAGGCUAUCGUCUUCCGGCAAUGUUGAUCAGUUCAGCAUUGGUGCAAGAGAACGAAAAAAGAAGGUGACAGGCUUCGCAACCCUUCGUAAAAAAUUCAUUCGUCGUCGUAGAACAUCGAAGGCAUGUGACCACGGCCGUGUCAUAAGGGAACUAGUAUCAACCUGGAGUCCACUCGAGGCGAGUGCCCUCCUCGAGGAAUACGAGGCCCUGGCAGCCCUCAAAGAUCUUCAUGUACAGGCAGAGCUAGCUAGACCCCCAGCUACCACCUUCAAACAGGAUUUAUCAACUCUCUACGAUUACAAACACUGCACAGACGUUGAUCUUGUUUAUCGUGGUGCAUGUUUUCCAGUCCACAGGGCCUUAUUGUCCUCCAGAUGUCCAUAUUUUCGAGAAUUACUGGCAGGCUGUCCUGGUUAUGGAGCGAGAAUAUGUUUGGAAUUGAGAACACCAAAUCUCGAAGUACACAUGUUCUCAGCUCUUCUGCGUUAUCUUUACACUGGUGAUAUUUGUACACACGACACAUCCCUCGAUGGCAAUUUAUUGAGACGUCUUGGAGAUGAGUUUGGUACACCCAAUCUCCUGGAGCACGAUCUCAGAUACUUACUCGAUACUGGUGAUUAUGCUGAUGCUGCACUUGUUUUUACGUCUGAUGGUGAUUAUCAGAGGCCUGACAGUGGCAGCUCGGAAUAUGGUUUCAGGCCGAAGUUGGAAUUGCCCUGUCACAAGGCCAUACUCUCGGCGAGAUCGACAUUCUUCAGGAAUUUGAUACAGAGGAGAACGAGAUCGGGGGAGGAUCACACAGAGAGAGCAUUGCAUAUACCCACGAGAAUUGUUCUCGAUGAGUCGGUCAUUCCCAAGAGAUAUGCCAGGGUUUUGCUGCACGCUGUUUAUCUCGAUACUGUGGAUCUGUCGUUAAUUCUCAGGGGAAGUGGCUGUGGAAGCUCCGCGGGGAGUCUCGGGGAAGUGCAGGCACUCACACACACUGGGAGAAUGAGACCUAGUCCCCUCGAGGAGGCCAUGGAACUGUACCAGAUUGGACGGUUUCUGGAGCUCGACAUUCUCUCACAGGGAUGUGAGGAUCUUAUUCUCGAGUGGCUGACGCAUGAAUCACUGCCAAUUGUUCUGAGAUGGGGAAGUCAACCUCACGGUUCAGCCUGGGUUCACCGCCAAGCCCUCCACUUUCUCAGAGAGGAAUUUCAAACGAUAGCUACCACCUCAGUCCUCUAUCAGUUAGAUCACACUCAUCUCGUUCACGCACUCCAGAGUCACUUUCUUCAAGCCAGCGAAUUAGAGGUCCUUCAGGCUGUUUUAAAAUGGGGUGAACACGAGUUAGUACGUAGGAUGGAGGAUCGUGAGCCAAAUUUACUCAGCCACACGGUACACUCAGUGGCACGAAAGGGAGUGAAAAAACGAGAUCUCAGUGAUAUUGAACUACGAGAAAUUCUCAGUGAACUUUUGCCACUUGUUAGAAUGGAUCAUGUGUUACCACCCAACAGUGAAAUUUUAUUGCAGGCGAUACGUCGAGGUCUUGUUUCAACGCCCCCCAGCCACAUGAUCGGUGAUGAGAGGGAAAAUAUGAGGAUCAAUGCGUGGAUACGGGGGGGAAAACGGAAUGGCCUAUUUGUACGGCCUCGUUUAUUUAUGCCCUAUUACGAGGAAAUUAAGAGUCUAGUCGAAGAGCAAAUGAUUCAAGAAGCGGAACUUGUGAGACUGCGAAGAGCCCGAUACAUUCCUGACAUACCAGAUACACUUUACAUGGUCGAUGAAAAACCAAGGUCUAUGGGUGCAGUUGGUGUAGAUGUACUUGCUGCAGCACUUCCUGUUCCAGAUGCAAUGACAAUGUCGGCGAUGCUGAAACGUGAACAAAAACUCAGACAGUCACCGAGUUGUCAACGGGCUGUGAGUUUACCCCUAUCGUGUCGUCACGAGAUAAACAGACAAGUGAGAUUACGUGUUGUACGUGAAUUUAAUCUACCGGACGCUGUUGCUGAUCUCCUUGAGAAUGCAGCGUUCUAUGGCAGUGUCGAGCAGGAUGAAAGCAUGACGGGCAUGGAGAAUAUGGACUCGGUGAGCCCCGGGAACAUGAAUGUCAGUACCAGUGCAACGGUGAACGUUUGUUACGGAAGGAAUAUGACGUUCCCUCGGCCAAAUUCGUCGUAUGGGCUGAGGCAUGAGCUUCCAGCUGUUGUGACUGAGGGGGAGAAUUACAGACAUCAGGGAGAGCAACAGGAUAAUAAUCCUUGUGGCGAUGGGCACUUAUCGGGAAUAAUGCCGGACGUGGCCAUGGCGACAGCAUCCUUUGGUGCUCUCCAGCUGGUGGAGCAGCAGGAGCUCGAGUUGGAUCUCGGGGAUGGUGCUUCCCACCUCCUUCAGCACCCUCAGAGCUCCGUUAACAGCCUGGGACCUCAUCAUCCACUCCUGCCCCAUCAACGACAGAGACACUUCCCCGGUCAUCCACCCCCACCCUACAUCUACCAUCGUUCCAGUGCUGGUUUACCUAGAUUCAUUUGAGAUACGACGAAAUGAAGAUGAGGAAGAGCUACACUUUCUGAUGAGAGAAUGUUCAUCGAGAAUAUCAGCAACUGCUGGUGUUCCAAUGGGUAACUAGAGUAGCAGACUAGUGAUAGAACUGUUUAUGUUGACGGGAAGUCCUGUGGUGAGUGGCAAAUGGGCGAGAAAAAAGUGCAGAUUUGCAUUUAAGUUUUCGUUUUUUUUGCAAGAUAUUCAGCGAUCACUUGUUCUUAACCAAUUACCGUUUCACCACUUCACUGCAGAAUUAUAUUCGGACUAGGAAAACUAUUGAAUUUAGAUAAAUAUGUUGAAUUUUUUUAAUAUACUCAAUUGAGUUGCAGCAUGACAUUUACUCACGAAAAUUAUAAGUUACGAAGCCGGGAUAGUGAAUAUUAAAUUUCCAUUCGCGUUACUGGCGGAAAAUCCGAAGCGCAAAAGGAUUUACUUGAAGAUGAUUUUUUUUUUUCGAAAAGUACUAAAUUGAGUCACAGCAUGACAUUUAUUGACUUAAAAAAAUUAUGAAAUACGAGAAUUCGACGAGAAAUAUUGGGUUCACGCCUCCGUGGUUUUGUAGAUAUCGCCGAAACCAGUGAAUUUAUGUGAAGAGUACUAAAUUGAGUUUUUGCGUCUAUUUUUUUUACUCAAGAAAACUAUUUAAAAAGAGGGGGAAUUAUCAAUGCGAAAUUAGCAUCCGCCUGCAAUCCAGUGCAAUUAUCAGGGAAACCAGUGAAUUAUAUACAGAGUACUAAAUUGAUUUGCAGGCUAGCUAAUAGAAAGUUCAAUAUAAAUUGCCAGGUUUACCUAUUAAUUUUUUUAUACGCGUGAAUUUGCCUCAAAUACGCUACAAAAAAAUCUCUCCUCCUAAUUUAACGGGGUCUUUAAUUACCGAGACAUUUGAAUACCUAGAAAGCCGCGAUCUGCCCACAUAAAUAGUUCUAACAAUCGUCUAGAGAUCAAAGGAUAUUCUCUAUUUUCCUCUGCUCCACGCAACACAAUCGAUGAUUGCUCUCUCCGCAGUUUAAUCGAAGCAAACUCAAUGCAUGACAAUUUUAUCAUUUCCUUUCAAAAUAAUCUCUAGGAUGAAGCAUUUCUACGUAAGAGAAAUUGAAAAAAAAAAUGGCUGUUAUAUAUAUUUUGACAAGUAAUACUUAGUAAUUAGUGGGGAAAAUAAUGGUCAGCCGGGACUGCGCUUCGUAAUAUGUAUUCGUGUAAAUGUAGGCCCAACUGCGAGGUGUUUAGGGGUUUGUUUGUUGGCCACAAGAAAAAAAAAUGAUAAAAUAUGAAAAAAAUAUAUAUAUUACAAAGAUGGCAUCAUUAAUAUUGGACCAAUCUAAAUAUUAUCGCCUAGGUGUAGUGGAAUAAUGUAAUAAUAGCCACGUUGAAGUACGAAACAGUUAUUGACGUUUCUUCCAAUUCAUUUUACAAUAUUUUGCCGGUUGAGGAUAUAUUAAUAUUGAAGGUGUUACGACAGUAGGGGGUCAUUCUUUUGAUUAUUCAUAAUGUUACUUUCUCGCUGGUGUACUUCAACGUCGAUACAGCAUUCUCAUAACAAAACAACUCAUUAUGGAUAAUGGAGUUCCUCGAUCUGUUGAUACCCUUGAUUUUUUUUUCCAUCAAGACAUUCGCAGAAUUUACUAUCCUUGCAUUCUCAGUGUACCAUGUGGACGAUUGAAAUUCUGAUAAAUUGUGUACAUGGAGCAUGUGAAUUCUGAUUUUUUUUCAAUUGAAAGACCUGAUGAAAUGAAAAAAUGUAUUUUAAAAAAUGGAGACGUAGCCUUUUAAGUAAAAAAUACAUUCUCCAAAAUUUUUUAGCAAAUUUUAGAAUUUCUAUCGGUUUUUUGAACGAGAAAAAAUCAGGCAAUCGUUAAAGUGCUUCCGUAAGCAAAUACUCAAUAAAAUCAAAAGCAAAAGGACUUUGUUGUUUCUGACUGAGAAUUUUCGCCAGAAAAUGUUGCUUUCACGUUGUGGUACUCCCUUUCUCGCUUCUUCAUGUCCUAUUGGAUGAUUUAUGUGUGUGAUUAACCGUUGAUUAGAGAAAACGGUGAUUAAUUCCAUGUUCAAUGCAAAUCUACGACAUUGGGUUCCUUCUUUUUUGAAAUCACUGCCAUUACGAUAGGUGAAUAUAGUUUGAGAUCGAGCAUCAUUACUCGAGUGGUGAAAGUCCCAAAACAGGAUAAGAAUUACUGAUAAGCAUCAGUGGGAUUUUCCAUUGAUUUUCAUUCGAUGAGACGGGCAUUGACUUUUUGUUGAUCCGCGGUUAUCAAUUUUAUGGAGACCAUCAGAGUAAAAACUGGGAUAAUUGAAAAAUCGUGAGUUUGAAAAUUGAUAAAAAAUUAUUGGACAAUUGAACAUCAAAUCUCGACUCAUCAAAUGAAAAUCAUUGAAAAAUGCCACGUCCAUGUAUACAUCACGUUCGGAAAGCAGAAUUUGUAAAUAUUUUAGUUUAUAAAAAGAGGAAAAAAACGCGAAGACGAAAUGAUGAAAUGAGGAGGAAAUUCAACUGAAUUGCCAACUGUUUUUUUUUUAUUAUGUACAUACAGAACGAAUAGGAGAAUCAAUGCAACUCCCGCCUCUUCUAGCGUUGGCCUACUUUAUAUUUUUUUCUCCGUCGAAUUUUUAAUUUUGAGGUAAUGCAGAGGCGAAAUUAAUUGAAAGCGCCGCAGGUAAAGCCAGCCAAUAUUCUUGCAGUGGAAAAUUAAAUUGUGAUUGAGUAGAAAGGUGAGUGAAAGGAGAUGGAAAGGAAUAAAAUCAGAAUAAAUUUUACGUGUAAAAUGGCCGAAAAUAAUUUUUUCCGAGAGGAAAAUGUCACAAUUUGUUCUUAGCAGGACCUAAUUGUUUUUUCAAUUAAAAUUCCGAUGAAUCAAUUUUCUGAAAUUUUUUUCCUGGAACAAACUGUCAUUUAAAUCCUUUGACAAUUAAUCACAACAAAGUCAUGACGACUUUUUCGUUAUUUUCAUGAUUCAUUAAAUUUUUUUUUCGAACAGAUUGAAAUAAAAUUGAAAAAUCUCAUGAAUACUCGACUAAUUCUUCUGAAUAAUUAAUUUAUAUUCUCUCGGCAACUCCGAUUUUAUUCGAUUCAUCUCCACCCCAUCUUCACUACGUUAAAAAAAAUGUCGGCGCGAUAACACGAAUGAUGAUAAGAUUCAUAGCUGAAUGAAAAUGAAAAACAAAUGGAAGUGUGACCAAACCAAUUAGAUUAUUAAAACUCUGUGCAAUUGUAUCUUACUUGAGAAAAAAGUGUGAGUGCGAGUAUGUUUAUUGAUUGAUGAUAACGGAGAAAAGCAGAUCGAAGAAAAAAAGACAACAAAAAAAAACAAGUUGUGUAUACGUAUGUGUAUAUAUUAUGUUGCAUUAAUGUAAUUUAGAUAAUUGCGUAUUAGAAUUUGAUCGAUUGAAUUUUAGAAUCGAAACGAAAGAAAAAAAUGAACAAGUGAUGAUUCACGCAUAAUUCCGUUCUCUGGCAUAAAUUAUUCAUUAUUAAAGAGGAUAAAUCCAGUUAUUACGAAUGCGUAAUGAGUCUAGACUGAAUAAAUUUAAUUUGUCAAAUUGAUUUUACGAGUAUCGAAGAUCUCGCCGUUGUAACUUAUUCAUGAUGAAAAAAGAAACUAAUUAUUUACACUUUUUUUUUUGAAAAUUUAAUUUCGUACCUAGAUAUUCAAUUAUGUCGACUAAACAGUGGAGAUUAAAAAAAUGAAAUAUGUAGUGUAUUCAAUACGUACCAUUUAUCAUACAUUUGAUCUUAAUCUUUGAUUAUCGAAAGAUUAUGUAAUCGUAUGAGGAUUUCCAAUCAAUAGUGCAUCGAUAGCAAAAAAAAAACAAAUGUGAUGAAUUCCAUUUUUUCAAGGAAUAAUUUCUUUCAAAUUGCAGAUAAACAUUUAAUGUAUACCUCAUUUUUUGUCUCAAUUAAACGAAGUAAUAUCCAGUGA